AUGAGUUCAAAUAAGGGCGAAAACAUUUUAGCCGAUUCUUAUCCAUUAGAAGUACCUAGAAUUACUGCUAUUGAGUUUCCAGGAAACGUUAUAAAUACAUCAAAAGCAAUUGUGAUGCUUGGAUCUCAAAAUAAGGUGGCAAAGGCCUGUAUAAGUAGAGGUGAUAAACAACUAGAACUAAGAUUCCGGCCAAAUGACCCAUAUGAGCAUCCAAUCAUGUCUAGCACCUCAAAAGCACAAAAUAUCGUUCUUCAAAUUCAAUUACCCAAGAAAUCACUUGAAGCAGCAAAUGGAGAUAUUCAAAAAGCAUUAUUAAUAUCGAAAAAAAAUGAUAUUGUUUUGAAUCCAGAAUAUAUCAUUGAAACCACUUAUCGUUUUAGGGAACUGUGUGAUUACCAGUAUAACACGCGAAGUUCGGAAUUUAUAGAAAAAGUUAAAUCGACUUUAUUUUCACACAAUUACGAAGAAGUAAAAGAUUUCCAAUUUGAUCAAAACGAAUCAUUUAGUAACAAAAAAGAUAUCGAUAUUAUUCCUCCUCCGCGAUUUUCACCUUUGGUUUAUCCUUUUGCAUAUUCCUAUAAACAAAACCCAUCUCUUAUGGCAGUGAAUGAUGGGAAAGGUGGUCAACAGCUAAUCAACAGAAAUAAAAGUCCAUUGUUAUAUGCCCAAUACAUUUCAUGGAACGAUGACCCACCACUCUGUCCUUCUAAAGAGCUUCAAAAGCUAGUGGAUGAAGGGCCAAUGGCUUGCUUCAAAUUUUUGACGGAUCUUUUUGAAAAAAGGCCUAUAUGGACUAGGAAGUCUAUUGAAUAUCAUCUUCCAAAAAACUUAUUGGUUUACUUAAAACAAGUUUUACACUAUGUUAGUUAUACAAUUCAAAAUGGACCUUGGCGAGAUUCCGUUGUCAAAUUUGGUGUUGACACUCGAUCUUCUUCUAAAUACCGUUUUUAUCAAACAAGACGGUUUAGGUAUAAUUUACAGGACAAAGAUACCCCUAAAGAAAGUCAUAUUCCUUAUCAAUUUGAUGGUAUAAAUAAAAUGAGUGGCAGUAUCAUUCAGUUCUGUGAUAUUACAGAUCCGGACAUUCGAAAGCUAAUUGACGGGGGGGAAGUUCGAGAGACGCUAGAUCCAGAAUCAGGGUGGUAUGAAAGCGUUGAUUAUCAUAAAAUUAAAAUGCUUCUUUAUUUGAAAUACAAAGCAAUUGGAGAAGGUAUUUUGUUAAGCCAAGAUCAAAUUGAUGAAGUCCUGAAAAUGGAAUCUGUUCCCAAUGUUUCUAAAAUACCAACUAACAGGAAGGCUAAUGAAGACGAUUACGAUGGAGAAGCUGCAGCUUCUCAACCAACAAAUGGCAAAGACAUUAUCGACCUGGAUUCAGACAUUGAAACAUAUGAUACUGAUCACUCUAAUACGAAUAGUGAUGAUGAUAUUUCUAGGCCCUUUUUAAAUGCUGAAAAUAAUUUAACAGAAACUUCAGAUGAGGUAAUUUCGUUUUCUAAAGAAAAUCUUCAACUUUUAAAGGAUCUAUCUGGGUUUAUUCGCCAAAAGAAUUCUGAAAAAGAAAUUUCUGGUAAAGUGUCAAAGUUGGCUCUUGAUUCCUCGACCCAAAUUAGUCAAAUCCAUAACACUGGAGAAGUUUUGGACCAUGGUCAAGGAAACCAAGCUGAAUAG